CGUUGAAUUAACGCAUUUACGUUCCCUCCACCCCACAUCCAAUUAAACCAAGCAACUUUUCUAUCCGGAUAGGGGAGGCAGUCAGCCAGUCUACACGAAUCGAGGAAACUCGACCAGGUCGACCAGGCCUUGUCCAGCAACGCGCUAAUAUUAGACUUACCACGGCUGAACUUUCGAAGGGUGGGAGCCACACGCUCGGCCGGCCAUGCAGAGACCUUCUGCCACUACGCCGACGCAAAAUGCGACUCCUUUCUUUUCCACCAAUAUCUGGGGAAAUACCAGUGCUAAUCCCAACGUCACUUCGAAUUCUCAGUCGCAAACCUCUAGUAGGUCACGUCCCGGUACCAGUUCUGGCGAUCGAGAGAAGGACAAAGAGAAGGAAUAUAACGUCCUGACUAAAGACCGCGACCGCAAACCUUCUUUUGGGCGCAGACCGUCUUUCUCCUCCCCGUCCAAGGGAAAACGUCGCGCGAGUUCGUCCAAUGCGGGAUCAGUAUCUGGGGAUCAGAUCAAGACCGACGCCACCGCACCACCUGCGAUACCUCCUGAUUUCGUUCUUGCGGCUGCAGCCAAAUUCUCGAAAGAAAACGAGGCAGUACCUUCACCCGCGUCAGCAGAUUCUUUUUCCAAGAUGCUAAGUCGAACUACAACGGCGGCUAGUAAUGGGCAAUUCCCCACUACCACGACCUCCCCUCCUUUACUCCAAACCGAAAUACCCUCGCUUCAUCAGCAUAUACAUGAAGUCUCCAACAAGAGGAUCUCGACAUUAGAUUACCUACGUAAAGCUCACGAAGGCCGAGUUUACUGGUUUAAUACUUUACUUUUUGAUAAACCUGAUCUGGCACGCAUGCCGUACUUUGACAGCCGUAAAAUCGCUUACCGGGCUACCAACUACCUCUUACUUGGCCUAUCACUGCCCGCCGUAAUCGAUCUCAAUUCGUCUACGCCGCUCGAGUUUCUUCGUUCCCUCAACACUCUUCUCGCCGAAUUCGACUCUUACCAACAGAUACAUACCGAAAAUGGUGUCAACACUAGCUCACUCUCACGUGCCCGCAUACCGAAUAUGUUUCGCCGAGGAGCUGGUGGGAAGGGCCGGAGGCAAUCAGGGGCGGGGGACAUAUAUGCGGACGCGAGCAACAGCCUGGCAAGUGGAUCGGCCGUCAAUUCGGUACCCACUAGUGUCAUCAACUUCGGGCUGGGUGGUGAGGGCAACGACCUUGUUCCCGGCGAGGAGUAUACGCAUCUGUUAACACCGAACCUACCUUUUGAUCCGGACUUCUUCGAGACAUUUGCUACGUUAUGCGACGUGCUAAUAGAUUGUUACGCAAGACUUAUGACUCUUCUUCCCACGGCUAAGGAUUGUACUCCCAUUAUCGCGGAGCUAUUCCACAAGGCAGAUUCGAAAGUCCGCAAGAUCAUCAUUCAGGGCGUGGUUAAAGAAUUCGAAGAUUCAAGCCGGGUAGGCUUGAAACAGGAAGUUGCUAACGUAGGCAAAGUGGUUCUUGGGGGGCUGAUUUGAUGAAAGAUCUAUAUAUAAAUCCAUAACGAUGUAUAUUUAUUAGCUUGAUUUGUUGUCCCGGUGUUUAGGAUCGCUUUGGGUUGAGGAUACCAGGUUGCAUUGGGGCUAUAUGGGCACGACGGCGUUUGACUACUUUCAUGAGGGCUUGAAUGCAUAUAUGAUACGAGAUUACACCAUUAGGAUCGACCAAAAUGGGUAUUAUAAAUAUAAUUGGGCAUCACUGAAAGAACCAAAGACGAAAGGCGGUUCAGUAUUGAAACUAUGCAUAU